AUGGGCGGCGCGGCGAGCCGGCACGUGCGCGUGGUGAAGGACGCGGCGCUGUGGUACUCGUGCGCGGGGCCGCUGGUGACGGUGCCGGCCGUGGGGUCGCUGGUGGUGUACUUCCCGCAGGGCCACGUGGAGCAACAGCAGCGCCUCGCGCAGGCGGACGAGCGCACGCACGAGCUGAUGGUGCGCUUCGAGCUGCAGCCCGUGGACGAGGCGGAAGCAGUGAGGGCGCAGGCAGCGGCCAGCCAGGAGGCGCGCAGGGCAGGCGCGGCAGGGAGGAGAGGCGGGAGGCAGGGGCGCGAGGGGGAGAAAGCGGGCGCGCAAGAGGCGCGGGAGGAGGGCGGCAUGGACACAGACAACGGGCGCACGCAGGCAGCGCGUCCGGGGGGGCUGCAGGCGCAGGCAGCAGCGGUGCAAGGGGGGGUGCACACGCACAUGGGCGCGCACGCGCAGCUGCACAUGUGCUGCAAGCGCCUCUCCACCAGCGAUGCCGCGCCCCACGGCGGCUUCUUCAUCCCCCGCAAGGCCGCCGAGUCGCUCUUCCCCGCCCUCGUAAGCUCCCCCCUCGACGCCAAUGAGGAGGGGCCAUGUCAGCAGCUGGUGGCAUCUGAUGUGUUCGGCCGCGAGUGGAACUUCCGCCACGUGUACCGCGGGUCGCCGCGCCGCCACCUGCUCACGGCGGGGUGGAGCGCCCUCUGCGCCUCGUGGGGGCUGGCCGCCUCCGACCGCAUCGUCUUCCUCAGGGCGGGCAACGGGGCGCUCAAGGUGGGCGCGAGGCGCAGCGAGGCCGUGCUGGCAGCGCAGCAAAGGCGGCAGAGGGAGCGGGAGAGAGGGGGCGGGGCAACCGACUCUGCAAGCAGUGCGGGCGCAGCCAAGGAGGGGCCGAGCAACUCGGUUGCACAUGCCACAGCAGCAGCAGGAGGCGGCAGAGGUGGUGGUGAUGCUGCUGCGAUGAUGGUGACAGCGAGUGAGGUGUUGGAGUGGGCGGCGCACUGCCACGGCGUCAAGAGGGCCUUCUCCGUCGUUUACCACCCCUGGUAUCCCCCCUCCCUCCUCCCCUCCUCCCACCUCCCUCCUCCCUCCUCCCGCCCUGCUCCCUUCCCCUUGCUCCCCUUCCUCUGCUUGCCUUGA